CGACGCUUCUAUGAUACUGAGAAGCGACAGGAAAGAUACACUAGUACGAUACGAGGUGUGGCCCCUUACUGCUAAUGGCUCAUUAAUAUCAAUGCACCAUUCAUCCCGCCUGAUAGUUUGAAGCAUUAUUCGCUGCUAUUUAACAGAAACAUGCCUCUGAAAGUUGUGGUGGAGCUCCAGAUCCAUGCUGUCACAUGCCCCGGAGUCUUCUUGCCGGAUAAAGAUGACAUAUUUCUCAGUGUCAGUAUUUUGUCCCAGUCUAAAGAGACGAGGUGCCUUCCAGCUGUUUUCCCACUCUUGUUUCAUGAAAAAAUGAGGUUUGAGAAGGUUUUUCAAAAGGCAGUGGACCCAGCAACUGUAGUAGAAUUACUAGAAAAGCGCACUGCUGGUUUUGAAUUAAUACAACUCAAUGCAUUAGGUGAGGAUGUUCUAGCCACCUACAAAGAGAACCAUCGAGACUUCUUAUUCCCUGAACCAAAGCUGACUCCUCCGUAUCCAGGAGUAGACCGGGAGGUGCUGAUGAAAACUGUACCUGGCUUCCCGGGAAUUGCACCGAAAAUUGAGUUUUCCACUACGACGACAAUCAAAGAAACGGCAAAUGGUUCCCGGAAACGAUGUGAUUCCUUGAAGACGCAAUCCCGGAGAUCUUUGCAGAGCUCUCCCAAUAGAAGGUCAAAGAGUCCAUCUAAAGGUCACUCCAGUCCAGAGAAGGCUUACAACAGCCCUACUAGAUCGUCGCAUUCCCGCUCUCCAUCACCAUAUGCACGAAGGCGAAUGUGUGAACUGAACAAAGACAAUGAGCAGCGGCUCGCUCAUUUACACCUGGGCAAUUAUGAAUUCAAGUCUGAUGCCGAGUCAAGGCCUCCAUUUAUAGUAAGACAUAUUGAUUAUUCAAAGCCUGUAGGUGAGAAAACAUCAACACAGCUUCCUUCUCCCAAGUCCAGACGCCAUCUAACUAGUAGAAAUUCUCCAAGAAGAGCACUAACAUUUGACAGCCUGCACUCUGAUGAAUUCAUUGAAAAGGACUGUCUGGACAUAGAUGACCUUAACACAGAAGCUUCUCUGGAUGCCCCCUUUACAUCCAGUGAUUAUUCCUUGCAGGAUUUAAGAGCCAGUCCAAUCCUCAGGCGGGCUAUAAGAGAAAGGUUGAGAUCUGAGAAUAACACCUGGGAAUCCAUACAUAACCGAGUGCGUAAUCUGUUAUCCACCCAUAGUGCCAAGAAAAGACUUUCCUUAGAUAUAUCCAGGAGUGAAGUGGAUCGCAUUCUGGAGAGAUCCUCACGGAGAUCACUGAACAGCAGCUUGGAAGAGAAACUGUUUUAAAGAAUAUAAAUUGACUAAAAUGAUUAUCCAGGGAUCCAGAAAUCUUAAACUGAAUAUUUGCAAGCUUUAGAUAUAAACCAGUGUGUUCAUCAUCUGCAUCAUAUAAUUAUUUAUUCUCUGUGUGUCACAUUUGUAAUUUUUUUGUAAUCAGUUUUAAU